ACAAUGAGUUUUGGAAUUGGCGGCUGAAAGUUGUGUUGCAGUUUGCAAUCAAAACACGAGUAUUGGGCAAUAUUAUCCGUAGUAUAUACAUUGCACACUCACUUUUUGUUGCAGUGUAAGUACGUUAAAGAUACAAAUAUGUCUGACAUUUUGAAAUCGGCUCGGGACAGGCUAAAUGAAAAUUUAAUGGAGAUAAAACAAGCGUACGUGAAUUUUGUCUCACAAAACCCAGAAAUGGUAGACCAGAUUGAGAAAACCGUGAAAACAUCAUCAUACUUGUUCGAAGCACUCUCUAAAAACUAUGACAAUUCAAUCUUCAUUUCGGAGCUAAUUACUUCAGCAUGCAACCUGUUUGCAUACGCCAACACAAAAAUUUUACUGAAGACACGAAAUUUAAUUUCACAAACUGAUGAGAAUAAGUUUGUUGCCAAAUUGAAGCAAGCACUUACUGUUGUGGAGUUUUCGCAGGCAUUUCUUGAGUUAUCCGCUGGGAGGCUUGGUGGGUCUGGGGCAAGAUGGGCAGUCAUUGUUGUCAUCACAAUAAUAAAGACAAUACUGCGAUGCCUCCUCCUCUACAUGUUUGAUUCUGGUCUACAGUCUCCUGCACUGGUUACAAUGAUCAACAAGACAAAUAUUGCCACUCAAGCUACCAACUCAGAUGAAAAUGAAAACAUUUACAUUGGAAGAAGAACUGGCCACCAGAUGGCGACCUUGAGCUCUUCCUACAGCAAAUGGGAAAAUCCUAAACCAGAGAACAUGAACUGUUGGAACCUCUAUCCAUCGACCUUGAACAAACGAGAAAAAAUUGGGGAGUGCCUUCACAUUAUCCGGCCUAUGCUUCAUUUACUUAGCACUGGUGUGUUUGGAACAAAAUCCCUUCUACCGUGGUUGGCAGCUCUUGUUGUUGACACGUCAUCACAUGCUCUUAUUCAACGUGAUCACAAAAGUGAAAGGCCAUACAAUCCACAGGAGAAGCAGGAAUUACGAAGGAGAUAUGCAAACCUAAUUGUAUAUCUACUAAGAUCGCCUGUGUAUGAAAAAACAACUGGGCCAAGAAUACACAAAAUUCUGCAUUAUCUCUCCGAACACUUGCCGUUAGCUCAUUAUGUGGUUCAACCUCUUAGUAAAUACUUGCCUGCGUGGCAGAGGGUGUAUUUCUACACAUGGAGUGAUUGAACUGUACAAAUAGUGUUUCCUGUUUUUACUUUAAACUCUGCAUCACUGAUGGUUGAUCACCAAACCCGGCAACACUGCCAGGCUUCAAUGUAUUGAAAUAUUGCCUUUUUUCUAUUUAAAGAUCAAACAAAACUCUCACAUCAUGAAUCUUUUACAACCUGAACAUGUUUCUUGUAAAUGCGUAUUCACAAAACUGAUGGAUUAAAAGCUUGAACGUAAUCAUGAAAAAGGCAAAGACAAUUUUUGUAAUAAUUUAGCAAUCAUUAUUCUACUGCCCAAAUUUCUUACUAAUCUUCCACUGCUGUUCUGGUAUGUGAAAUUCUAAAGAUAGAAUUGUACAUGUAUGUACAUUGUUUUCUUGUACAUGCUGAAUAAUUUUCACUCGUUCAUUAAUUUCCAACCUUUUCUUACUUUUCUCUAUCAUGUGUUUUUUUUAAUUCUGCUUUUACAUGUAAAUUUCAAAUAAACAGUAGAGAUUCUAAACUGAA